AUGAACGAAGCGAAGGAGAUGUUAAAACUAGACGCAUCCUACAAAAAGGGUUUUAAGUUUGAUCAUGUCUGGCACCUAAUGAAAGAUUGUGAGAAUUUAUCAAAUGUCAGUGCAACACCUCAAUAUCAACGCCAAAGUCCUUAUCAAUCACCUUCUCCUGGUCCUGGUUCAUCGUCAGGGACAGAUAGUGGUUUACCUUUGUUGAAUCUUAACGACGAAGAAGGUAUUACUUUAACUCAAAGACCAAUUGGUGUAAAAAAAGCAAAACCCAAGCUCCAAUAUGAUAAUAAGCUAGAGAUUCUAGUCAAGCUUAGUAAAAAAAUGAGCAAAGCUAUAAACAAAAACAGUGAAGCUAUCAUGAAAAGUAAUGAAGUUCAAGCUGAGAGAAAUGCAAUAGAUACAAGGUUGGCAGAUGACAAAAUUCUGUUCACUGAUUUAAAUUCUAUCUCUGAUUCUGUGUUUUCUGAGUUUAUAAAAAAUGAAAAAAUCCGAAUAAUGAGAAAGAGAACAGAAGAACAUCAAGUUGAUACAUAUGGAUAA